AUGGCGCCCCCGAGACGGCCGUCCAAUAACGGGACCGAAACCGAAACCGAGCCCUUUCCAACCAUCGACGAGACGUCGCCACGCUCAGACAACACAGAUCCUCCGUCGCCUGUAGAGAAUCGACCAGCUGCCUCUUCAUCCUUAAGCGGACGCCUUCGUCGCGUCUCUCAGAGCUUCGAAGUAUCAGGCCCUCCUGAGGGUUUCAUGGCCGCGACGGGAACCAUCGCAUCUUCCAUCUUCACUCGUCAGGCCGCGCCACGCAGAACCUCGGAGACGUCCAUACCAAUGCAAUCUGGUCCCGCCGCCGGCGGUCCAUCGAGACAAAGCACAUUUCCCGUCGUCAACGAAGAGGCGACCUCUGAGGAAAAGGCCAGCACCAGUGCUGCAUCCACGAAGAGAGAUGGGGAACCCGAUGCUACCGCGGCGUUCCCCAACGGCUACCAUUUCCCUCCCAAGCAUACGUUUGCUCAGUCGACGAAGACCGGGUUGAUCGCCUUUUGGAAUUACUUCCUUACGCCUCUGGGCUUCUGUGUUACCAUCUAUGGCUUGAACGUUGUGGCUUGGGGAGGCAUGCUCUUCCUUCUCCUCUGGUAUAUCCUCAACGCCCUUUUCUGUGUUACUGGUUUUGGGCUCGCUCCCUGGCGAUUUCGCGAUCUCUACUUCCUCCUCCAAUACCGAGUAAAGAACGAUACGGUUGCGCUCCGCCGCCUGGGUGGUAUUCACCGAGGAUGGUUCCGACUUCCAGGCUCUGAGGAUGUUGAUGUUAGCAUCGGACCAAAGAAUGUCUCCAGCUUGCCCGAAUUAUGUUCAUCCAUCUCUGUCCCCUUCCCCGAGGAUAAGAUACCGGACGCUCCCCUCACUGGUCGACGAGCCCCCGCUACGCCUAUUUGGAAGAUGGAUGCCGUCGUUUGGCUAAUGGUCUGGAAUACCUUCCUCCAGUGUGUCUUGGCCGGCUUCAUGUGGGGAUUGAGCCGAUAUGACCGUCCUAGCUGGUCCACUGGUCUCUUCGUGGCACUCGCAUGCAUCGUCGCCGCUAUUGGAGGAAUCGUGAUGUUUAUUGAAGGAAAGAAGGUCAAGGGCAUCGAGGGAAUCCCCAUCAGCGAGAAAGACAUGCAGCAGCUGCAGGAGGAUCGCGAAAGGGGCGUUUUCCACUUCAACAACAUCAAGGACAAGGACUUGGCGGAGAAGGAAAAGAAGAAGGCCAAAAAGUGA